AUGAUAAAAUACGUACAAGAUAAUUUGUAGUUGACACUCUCUGAAAAAUAGAUGCUUUACAAAAAUGGUUAAAUAAUUUUUGAAAAGGUUAAAUAAGAUGGAGGAUUUAUCAAAGUAUUUAAAAUAUUAUAAAAAGGUUUAUUGUUAAAAAGAGUUACCAUAAUAUUUAAUUGAAGAUAAUUGGGUAGAUAUAUACAAAACAAAAAUAAUCUCAUAUGAAUAUAACUAAAUUGUUAAUGCUUUAUUAAUAUAGAAACCACAUUAUUGUUCUUCUACUGAAAUUUUAGAUAUUUGGAAUUUAGAUUCAUUAGUAUGGCGCACUUCUUAAGUUUAUAUAAUUAGUGUUCCAUGUGAAAUGACUGAAAUUCUGACAAUGAAUUUCACUCUUUAAUAAAUUAAAUAAAAUCAUGGCAUGACAAAAAUAGAAGUUGAAAGUAUAAUCGAAGAGAAUAACAAAACUAUCUAAGAAAUGUAACUCUCUCAAUUAAUAGAAAAGAUUAUAGAAGAUUAAUCUUCAAAUAAAAUAUCCUAUUUUACUAUUAUUAAUCUUCAUAAAAAAGCUAAAGAAAUAAAACAUAUUAAGAAUUUUCUACCAUAAUCAAUAAGACCUUAAGGCAAUAAUGAUGUAUUGAGUUAUAUGAGAAAUGAAAUUCCAAGCAUUAAUGUUCCUUAAUUUGAAAUUAGAUAUUUUAAUAAUUGGAAAAGUUCACCAAAAGAUUAAAUAUGUUUUACUUAAAUUAAUUUAAAUCUUGGCCCAGAUUCCUGUUUAUGGAUUACAAUUGAUAAAGAGAAUAUAACUGAAAUUAGAUAAAAGUUAAUUCAGAUUGAGCAUAUUGACAUUUUAAUUGAAGAUAAGAUUUGGUUCAAAGAUGCAGACUAUUUUUUAUUAAAUAAUAUACCUUUUAGAUAUUUUGUUUAAAAUAAAGGAGAUUUAGUUGUUCUUAGUCCAGGAACUUAUAGUUGGUAAAAAUGUGAAGGUUUAAGCAUAAAUUGCUCUUGGAAUUAAGCAACUUUAGAUGAAAAUUCUUUGAAAACUAUAAUUGAUUAAUAGAAAAUCUUUAACUAAUUAAAUUUUAUUAGUAGAAUUCCAUUUAAAAAUUUAAUACUUGAUGUAGUAAUCCAUGAAAACUCUUUGGAUUAAACAUUACUCAACUAUCUUAGAUCAGAAUUACAAUAAUUUAUAUUUGAAGAAAAUCAAAAUUUAUAAGUUUUAGAUUAAAAAAAUUCACCUGUAUUUUAAGAAAAAAGAGAUAAAUUAUUUUGUACUAAAUGUAAAAGAGAGUUAUUUAUAUACUUUUAUGAAGAAGACUAAAAAUGUCUAUGUUUAAUUUGUUUGAAAGAACAAGUAAAUAUUAAUAAUUAAAACAUAAAAUAAAAGUAUCGAUUUUAAUGUUUGAAUUUUUUAAUAGGAUCAUAAUUAUCUUGUUGCAAUAUUGAAUUUUGUUCAAAUUAUACUGGAAAAACUAAAUGUACUAUAAAAGUUGAUGAAUAAUAAAAUUACAAAAGUAAAGUAAAUAAAAAAGGAUUCAUAAAGAUAUCAUCUGAAAAUAAUAAUGGAAAAAAUAAAAUAUUAGAACCAUUUACACAAAAUGUGAUGGAAUCAUCAGAGGAUGAAAACCCAAAAAGAAAAAAUAAGAAAUAAGAUAUCUACAAAGGUUAACAAUUUUUAAAACAAAAAAAAUUAUGA